AUGAUUAAAUCCCAAAAUAACAAGCCCAUCAAUUUAACAUAGUCUAUCUUAGAAGACAGUCCGGAAUUUUGGAUUCAAAGACCUCAGAUGCUGAUCCAAUUCCAACUAUCAGAUGAACUCUCUGUUGUUAAUAGGAAUAGGUUCAUAUAAAAGACAAUAUAUUUGGGAGGUUACUAUCUGAAAUUUGGAGAUGAUGUAAGAAUUAUCUCAAUUAUUAAACAGAAAUUUCUCGAUGUUAGGAAUCUAUUUCUAGAGUUGGUGUACCAUCCAAGAACUUCUCAAUCAGGAUUUAGAUUAAGUAAAAACAAUGAAAAACUGGAUGUAUAUGGAGACAUCCAAAAUUGGGUUGAGGUCUUAAGAAAGUAUACAAUCUAAACAAAUUUGUAAUAAAAAUAUAAAAUAAUCAAAAAAAUUGGAGAGGGAAGCCAAUUGCAAGUUUUCAAAAUUAGAAAUAAACUAACUGGAUAGUUAAAUGCUGUUAGGAUUUAUGAUAAAUUAAAAUUGCAAAAUUCUCCAGCCUUCCUUGAGCUAGUCAAAAGGCAAAUUCAUAUCAAAAGGCAAUUCGAUCAUAAAAAUUUAAUUCGUCUAUUAGAAACCUUUGAGAGUGCGAACCAUCUCUAUGUAGUAGAAGAAUUGGUUGAAGGUGGAACCCUAGAAAGUAAGCUUUAAUCAACCACCUUUAAUUAAUAACAAAUCAUAUUCAUAGUGAAAUAAACCUUAAAUGGAUUGCAAGAGAUGCAUAAAAAAGGAUUAAUACAUGGCGAUGUCAACCUCAAGGCCAUAGGCUUCAAGAGCGAAUAAGACUUAGAUUCACUAUGCCUACUGCAUUAUUCCAAAGUGAUGUCGAUUAAUGCUGCCAGGAACUCAACCAAAAAAAUGAUGAGUCAAAGAAAUUCCUUAAAAACUGAUAAAACUCACGCCUCUGACCUACAAUAAUUGGGUAUUAUCUUAAUAAGGUUGCUUACUGGCCAUCAAUACAAUCAAUAUAAUUUACCUAGUCAAUUGGACGAUAUUAAAAGCAUGCUAAAUUUCUAAUAAAUUAGUAAGGAAUUAGAAAUCUUACUUUAACAAUUGCUAUUAAUUGAUUUUGAAUUGUAACUAAGUGAUACAAAUACACCUUUAGAGGUGUUAAAAAAUGAUAUAUUCAAGAAAUAAAUAGAGCCAUCUAAUUUUAUUCUCAAAUAUCAAACUUUAAAUGAGAUUAGAAGAUAAAGUGUGUAAAGCGAAAACGAAGAUGAAUCAAUGGAGAUUCGAUCGAGGGUUAAUACGUUGCCUAAUAUUUAAGAAAGAAAAAGCGACUCAAGAAGUUUAUCAAACAGAAUUAAAAAAAACAUAUUAUUACCACUAAAGAUAUCUAAAUUCAAUAGGAUUGAUAAUGGAGCCAAUCCACCCUCAUAAAACUCAUAAAGAAGACCAAGUAAUCUUUAUUAACUACCCAGGAUGAAUCUAAUGCCUAAGAUAAAGUAAAAAGUUUGGUGA